AUGAAUUAUCUCAAUGGACCUCCAGUUACCACUUCUUUUCCACACACUUCUGAUAAUUUGCCUGAUUUCGCAGGAAUUGAUACAAUGACCACUUAUCAGCGUGACCUUGAAUAUGCCGAAGAGCUUCAGUUCUUGGAAGCAAUCGAAGCUAGUAAAGCCGAAUUUGGAAGAUUUGUUAUCGAACAAGACAAGGGAAAGGGGAAAAACAUUGCCACUUCAUCAAAUUCUCAAGGUUCUAGCUAUCAAACAACGUACAGUUCUCUGCGAAGUAGCAAUCACGAGUGUCAAACUUGCUUUGAUAACUUUUCUACUUUCCCAUUUUCGGAGGAUCUUGAUUAUAUGGCAUCGAGCAGUGCCGAUUCCACUUAUGGAGUUGUGCUAAAUUGCUCUCAUGGAUAUUGCCUGCAUUGCAUGACCAAUUAUUUGAACUCUCGUCUUUCAGAACAAGUUGUGGAGUUUCCUAUUAAAUGUCCUUUCAAUUGUGAAACCGAAAUCUCCGAGAAAAUAGCAGAAAAAGCUUUAGGUAAAGAUGGGAUGAUUUUAUGGAAUGAAAAAUUUGCAUUAUCCUUGAUGGAAAAUAAGGUGUAUUGUCCCAACAUCCGAUGUAACGUUCCCAUUGAUUGGGAUGCCCAACCUGGAGAGGAAAACGUUUCCAUCCAGUGUCCAAUAUGUCGGAUUACGUUUUGUCCAAAAUGUCAAGUAACUUGGCAUACAGGAUAUACUUGCGAAGAUUAUCAAGCAUUGCCCAUCGAUGAGCGUGAUCCAGAAGCUCUAGCUAUUCUCAGAAUGGCAGAAAACCAGAAUUGGAGGCGUUGUCCUAAAUGCCGAUCCAUCGUUGAACUAUAUACUGGAUGCAAUCAUAUCACAUGUAGAUGCAAGACGGAAUUUUGUUAUAAAUGCGGUGACCUUUGGGAUAAAAUUACUGAAAAAUGCCGAAGGAAGUGUGAUUUAUGGGAUGAGCAUAUGUUAUUAGAGGCACGAACUCGUGGGGCAAAUCGGGUACCUAAUAUUCGUCUGCCUUUUUUUGCCAAUCAAGUACCUGUUAUUGCCAAUCAAGUACCUGUUAUUGCCAAUCAAGCAAAUAAUGUUCGUCAAGUAAAUAAUGUUCGUCAAGCAAAUAAUGUUCGUCAAGCGAAUAAUGCUCGUCAACCUGGUCAAGCGAAUGAUGUACGUCAGCCUGAGAUUCACGUACGUCAACCUGUCAUUGUAAAUCAGGCUAAUCUUCAUCAACCUGCAAAUCACGUUCGUCAGCAUGUCUUUGCUGGUCAGGCAAACCUUAAUCUACCUCUGAUUCAUGUUCGUCCACUUGUCCAUAUCAACCAGGCGAAUAUUGUUCGUCAGCCUGCAGUUCACGCUCGCCAGCAUAGUCGGGCAAACGUUCGUCAGCCUAUCGUUACCAAUCGGUCUUAUGAUGAUGAACCCUUGGACGAUGUUGGUGACGAUGAGCUUGAGGAUGAUUAUGUUGCAAUUGAUGGGUACAAUAAUGAUUGGGUAAAUCUUAUUGAGCGAUUCGAUAAUAAUCAAAAUCAUGCAAUUCAACUUAAUGACACAUUCAGUCUUAUUGAUCUUUCUAAAGCAAGAAGAAAACUGAGCAAAUGGUGCCAAAAUAUGAUUCAGAAAGUUCGGUGUGGCUACUGUAAGCGUGAAUUUAAGAGACUCAUAGAUCUUGAACGUCAUCUGAAAAAUACGAAAAAACACGAUGUAUAUUUUUGCUGUGGAAAGAUAUUUCAUACUUCUAAAGACAUGGGACUUCAUCAAACGUCCCGUAACUGUAGCUGA